CUCUCUCAGAUUCCAACAACUCUUCGAUAUCUUCAACUUCUCGUGUCUACACCGUAACAAAUGCAAUUGUGGUAUAUGACUCUGUACCAUGAUUCAACUUGGGUGAGUUCAUUUUGGUGGCAAUGGACUCCAAUUGGUUCACUUUAAAAGGUUUAGCGAAAUCCUUGAAUGAUAUGCUACUCCCAGUCAUGGUUGCGAGGCAGUGGUCUUUGUGAGACAGGAAAUUGAUGGAUUAAUUUCUACUUUAAGAAAGAAAAUGUAAAUACAAUUUUAAUAGAGAAAAUCGUUAUUUUAUUUCUUAAUGUAAAGUUUUUAUUCUCAACUCAGCAAAACUUAAUUCACCUUAAGAUUAGUUUAGAUAAGGUUUAAUUUUCCAUAAAGUAAAUUUUACAUUGUUGUUGAAACUAGUUUUUGAAAUAUCUGUGAAAAGUGAAAAUUAAAUAUAGAGAUAGCGGGGUUGCAGGGAGGAAAAGAGGGGUAGAGGACUAGAGAUGAAGGUAGAGGUAAUCUUGGAAUUUUUAAAAGUCCAUAAUAAAUAGGGAGUGUUAAGAGUAAAAAGAUGAUGUAGAUAGCAUUUCCGUAGACGUUAACACAAAGAGCUUCUCAACGAUGUGGCCCAGUAUUGAUCAUCAGAAGAAUCAUGUUUGCUCUCCAGUUCCCUCUCUGUAGGUAGGAGUUCUUUUCUCUCAAACAUUCCAUAAAACCCGUGAUUUUUGUGGACACCACGUUAUACUGCUUUCAAUUUACGAGUUACCUUGGCUUUGAGUUUCUUUCAGUCAUUUUCACAAACACCUUUCGCUCAGCGUUAAAGAACCGAAGAAUUUUGGGUUAUUUUAUUUUGGCGCUCUGUCCAAUUUCGAUAGACUGAAGUGUGCAUUGCUGAUUUAUCAAAUCAUGAUCAGAAUCAGAUUUAACUUAACUCUUUUCUUUGUUGAGCUAUCACGCAUCAGCCAUAGCUCACUCACUGUUACUCAUAGUCAUAAAGUUGAGCACCCCCUUAUGAGUGCUACUUUCAAUUUCUUUAAGCCUUUUAGCUCUGAAACUUUUUUAGCACCACCAAAAUUUGGUUUCUCAGUCAAGCAUUUUUCUACUUCUUCAACCAGAAACUUUGGGGCUUCAACUGAUGCCCCUGCACAUGAGGCCUUGAGUCAUGAUGAUGAUGAUGAUAAUGAUGAUGGGGAUGAUGAUGAUCAUGACAAGAACAAAGAUACCCAUUGUAGUCAGUUACGUUUUAGGGAUGAUAGACUUGCCCAAGAUGUUAAAACCAUUUUGGAUAUAAUGCAUGAAAUGGGUUCUGUACCAUCUCAAACUAAGCAGAAGCUUGAGCAUUGCAGUGUUGUGCUAUCAGCAAAGCUGGUUGUGGAGGUCCUUUUGAGAACUCGCAAUGAUUGGGAGGCGGCUUUCACUUUUUUCUUGUGGGCUGGCAAGCAACCGGGGUAUGCUCAUUCGAUUCGCGAGUACCAUUCUAUGAUCUCCAUCCUUGGCAAAAUGAGGAAGUUUGAUACUGCUUGGAACUUAAUUGAGGAAAUGAGAAGAGGUAGAACUGGUCCAUCUCUUGUCACUCCCCAAACACUGUUGAUUAUGAUCAGGAAAUACUGUGCUGUACAUGAUGUUGCAAGGGCUAUCAAUACUUUCUAUGAUUAUAAACAGUUUAACUUUCAAGUUGGGCUAGAGGAAUUUCAUAGCCUUCUUUCUGCCCUUUGUCGGUAUAAGAAUGUGCAAGAUGCUGAGCACUUACUGUUCUGCAACAAAAAUUUAUUCCCAUUAGAUACCAAAAGCUUUAACAUCAUUCUGAAUGGAUGGUGUAAUUUGAUUGUAAGCACUAGUCAUGCAGAAAGAAUAUGGCAUGAGAUGAGCAAGCGAAGAAUCCAACACGAUGUUGUCUCCUAUGGAAGUAUCAUAUCUUGCUAUUCAAAAUCUUCUAAACUUUACAAGGUGCUCAGGAUGUUUGAUGAAAUGAAGAAAAGGAAGAUCACUCCAGAUAGGAAGGUUUAUAAUGCAGUCAUUUAUGCCCUAGCAAAGGGCAGGCUUGUGAAAGAAGCUGUCAAUCUCAUUGGAACAUUGGAAGACAAUGAUGUUACUCCAAAUGUUGUAACUUACAACUCCCUGAUCAAACCUCUCUGCAAAGCCGGCAAAGUUGAUGAAGCUAAACAACUUUUUUAUGAGAUUUUGAAACGGCAUCUGUCCCCAACAAUUCAAACUUUUCAUGCUUUCUUCCGUAUAUUACGGACCAAGGAAGAAGUAUUUGAGCUCUUGGACAAAAUGAAAGAGCUGGGAUGCUACCCAACCAUUGAGACUUAUAUAAUGUUGAUGAGAAAGUUUUGCCGCUGGCGCCAGCUUGAUGAUGUAUUUAAGAUGUGGGAUGCAAUGAGGGAAGAUGGGAUAGGCCAUGAUCGUAGUUCAUAUAUAGUGCUGAUUCAUGGGCUGUUUCUAAAUGGAAAGCUGGAGGAAGCGCACACAUAUUAUGCAGAGAUGCAAGAGAAAGGCUUCCUACCUGAACCGAAGACAGAAGAAAUGCUUCAAGCAUGGGUUUCCGGGAAACAGGCAACAGAGGGUCAGGAGACAAAUUUAGAACCUAAUCAACUGGAAAAUGAUACUCUUAAAAAGAAAGUAAAGGCCAUACCGAGUAAAUUUGACAGGGAAAAAGCCUUUCUUCGUGAACCUGAGACCAGAAGAGUAACAAGAGAACGGGGUUUUUCUUUCUGGGAGCAGUAAAUCCUUAUUUGAUGAGAGGUCCAAUGACACUUUAAUACUUUAUCUAUGAAGAAGAUGACGCUUGUUGGUCAGUAUAUUUUUUAAAUUUAGUUGUGUACCCCAAACAAGUGGAUAGCAUACUCUUUUCUUGAUGUAUAGCCAGACUUCAACUUCCUUAUCAUAAGCAAGAGCUGCAAGGUUAGUGCAAUUAAUAAACAACCUGAGUUUGUUAAUUGUUAUAGAAUUGGAUACUUUUGAGUUAAAACUUAUAGUGAUCUAAAUGUCAUUUCUCCUUUACUAUCGGUUAACCUUGGUGAAUGUUGUAAUACUGGAGCUGAACUCAGGUGCUUCUAUGUAUCUUCAUGAAUUCGGUAUAAAUUCCACAAGUGGAUGUAGAAACUCAAACCACUGACUGCUGUUAUCGCUUUGAUUGCUGAGAAAAAUGUGAAUUGAUAGUUGCUUGCGGUGUUAUUAAUAGAAUCUACUCUAGAAGUAAAAUUAAUAGACAUAUGAAGUUAACAUACAUUGAGGAAGAAAUUAAUUGCCUUAUCUAUGAAGCUGCAUGAAAUUCUAACUA